GUCCGCCGUCACACAUGGCGACGGCGACCAUGGGGGUUGCCGAUGGCUGCCGCUGGCGAAUUUCUCACCUUCCGGACGUCUCGGAGCGGCCUGGGACGUUCGCCUAGGAUCCACGAUGGAGCUACGGCUACACAGCCCGGCCGGAGCCGAUGCGGCCGUCUACCACUGGCCGCUCUCGACCUCGGACAAGCACGAUGGAGCCAUCGAGAUCGUCGAGACGAUUCGGUGGGUGUGCGAGGAUUUUCCGGAGCUGAAGCUGGCGAUGGAAAACCACAUCCUGCACGACUACGAUACCAAAAGCUACGAGAGCAUGAAGACCCUGUGUGACAAGUACAACCGGGCUAUCGACAGCGUCUUGCAACUCUGGAAGGGCACCUCCCGGCCCGCCCGCCUGCACACGAGGCCUUCGCCCGCGCUGCUGCGCCACAUCCUGCAGCAGGUGUACAACACGGCCAUCACGGACCCGGAGAGACUCAACUCCUACGAGCCCUUCUCUCCCGAGGUGUACGGAGAGACGUCUUUUGAGUUUGUGGCGCAGAUGAUCAACGAGCUGGAAUUCACCACGGAAGACAUCUUCAUCGACCUGGGCAGCGGUGUGGGUCAAGUGGUCCUGCAGGUGGCGUCGGCCACACCGUGCAAGAUGUGCAUCGGCAUCGAGAAGUCGGACGUGCCGUCGAAAUAUGCCGAGUCAAUGGACACCAACUUCCAGUUUUGGAUGCGGUGGUACGGCAAGACCCACGGUGACUAUCGGCUCAUCAAGGGCGACUUCCUGCACGAUGCACACCGAGAUUUGGUGAUGAGCUCCUCGAUCAUCUUCGUCAACAACUUUGCGUUUGGACCCCGGGUCGAUCACAUGCUGAAAGAGAGGUUUGCCGAGCUGAAGGACGGCUCUCGGAUUGUUUCCUCCAAGGCGUUCUGUCCGCUCAACUUCCGCAUCACCGACAGAAACUUGAGUGAUAUCGGCACAAUCAUGCACGUCAAGGAGAUCCAGCCCUUGAAAGGGUCUGUCUCGUGGACUGGCAAGCCAGUCUCCUACUACAUGCAUCUCAUCGACAGGGCAAAGCUUGAGCAGUAUUUUCAGCGACUCAAGAAUCCUAAGCUGAGGGAGGACGACGCAUCGAGCAACUCGUCGCGCAGCCGGCGGGGCAACGGGGCUGGCAGCAACGGCCAGCGAUCGGCCAACGGGAGCUGCUGCAACGGCAGCCUGAGCCAGGACUCGUCAUCCAACGACUCGCGCAGCGAGGACUGCCUGGUGCUGGGCCCCACCACGCGGCGCGCCUGGUCUGACUGGUGCAACAACAAGGGCCCCUCGCCCGGCAAACCCCCAGGCUCCGCGGGGCUCAGCAGCGGCCACGAGAGCAAUGACGAGAACGAGCCGGUGAAACGGCGGCCCAAGGCACCGCGGAGGACGCCUCGGCGGCAGAAGCAGCGCUCGCUGGACACGGGGGUGGUCUCGGGGCUCCAGCCGGGGGCAGAGCCCCUCCGCAAGGGUCCCGGGCGCCCCAAGAAGUCCCCCCAGCGAGGAGGGGCCAGCGCCGCCAGUGCCCGCAAGGCAAACAAGCGGCCCCUCAAGUUCAACGGGCUGGACCUGCUGCACGCACAGACGGUGCUGAGCACCUCCAGUGCCGCGGCAGCCAUGCACACAGAGCCCGCGCCCGGCUGCGUGGACCAGAAACUGGGCGGCCUGGCCACGGAAGAGGGCUCGCUCUCUGGCGAGCCAUCGUCGGGCUUCCUCGAGGUGACCAUCAAGACGGAGCCACACUUGGAGUCGGGGGCGGAGCAUGAGACCCCACCCCCUCCCGCCCCGGCCCCGCCCCCUCGUCCCCUGACCCCCCUGGCGGAGCCCCCCGAGCUGAAGCUGAUGCUGAACGAGUUCCGCAACCAGUACAUGGCCAUGCUGAACCAGAUGCGGACGGAGCAGUACAGCCAGGAGGUCCGGGAGCACAUCGCCAGGGAGAGGGAGCGCAACGACCGGCUGGUGGCCAAGGCGGCGCAGCUGGAGCGCCAGAUCAAGCUGCUGAUCGACGACAGCGUGGUACUGCUCAAGGCGCGCAUGAGCGAGCUGGGUGUGGUGAGCCACACGCCGGCCGACCUCAUCACCAAGGCGAAGGAGAUUGUGCUGCGCCACAAGGAGCUGCAGGCCAAGGCAGCCACCCUGGAGCGCGAGGUGGUUCACCUCGAGGAGCAACAGGAGGAGCUGCUGGCUCGACAGACUCCCAAGGGCGCCGCCCCCGUGACCCCCGGCGACCUUGUCAACGGAUUCGUCGAGGACGUGUCCCAGCUCUCGCAUGACCACAUCCUGCGCGAGAUCACCAGCACGCUGUCUCAGCGGCGCAAGCUCCACUCCAAGGUGCAGAAGCUGGAGGGAGAGGUCCAUGCCCUGGAGCGGACCCUCGUGUCACCCCCCCACCGCCGACCCCCUACGCUGGCUCCCCCGUACACGGCACCGUUGACUCUGUCGUCCCCUCCGGAGGAGGCUGAGCCUUUCCCGAGUCCCGCCCCCGAACCCGCCCCACCCACGGAAGAGUCCGCACCCCUCCCUUCGGUGGCGAGGCUGCCGACUCCUCCCCCCCCGAAGCUCGGAGCGCAGGCGCAGCCCGGCACGGGCCACACGUGCAACUGCUGGUUGAAGAGUCAGCAGACGACGCCGUCUGUCGCAGAGGUUGAGAAGGUGACGCGGAACGCACCUCCACAAGACGGGGACGUCCCGGACUGCGCCGAGCAGGCAGACAAAUCCACGGAGAAAGGUCCGGUCGCUCCGGCCGCCCCCGCGAUCGGCGACAUCGACGCGAGCUGCUUCUCGAUGGUCUACUCUCCAAUAAGCCCGGGGCGAACUCAGGCGUGCAGCGAAGCGGCGGCGGCGGCAGUGACGACGCCGCUGUCCCCCCGAGCUUCCGCAGCACUCCGCGAGGAUCAGGCAUUGUCCUUUCCGAAGGCUGACUCUCCGUCCGCCACACCAGAGCCAGUGCCCGCGGAGUCUCCACCCGCCGCUCCACCGGAAGAGAAGUUGCCACCUCCGAGCGUGUCGAGAAGAAAGAGCUCGUCGCCGCGCAAGAGUUCACCCCAGCGGAAGAGCUCGCCGUCGCGCAAGGGUUCGCCGUCCAAGUCAAAGCACAGGAAGUCGCCCAAGAAGCGGGACCAGUCCCUGCCCCCCCCUCCCCCCCCUCCCCCGCCACCUCCCCCGCCGCCGCCUCCACCGCCUCCGCCACCGCCGAAGAAGAAAACGGAGCCCGACGAAGGCCCCGCCCCCCCCAAGCCCUCCAACGGACUCAUCCUGAAUCUGGGCAGCCUGCUGGCGUCGCGGAACGGCUACAGCCCCAAGCGGGACGAGAGGUCGUCACGGAGAACCAAACGGAAGCACUCUCCGCACAAGCGGGUGGUGACGGAGGGGGCGCUGGCUGUGACGGAGAUGAAGGACAACAUGCGGCUGGGCACGGGGGACAAGACGGUCUGCAUCCGCAUGAAGUCGGAGACUGGGGCGCACGUCGAAGAAAAGUUCACCAUCAAAGCAGAAACCUUGGCCCGCAAGCCGGAUGGCUCGCACGGCCGUCACCACUGGCAGGCGAGGGUCAGCAGCGGCUUCGAGAAGCUUGUGGCCCUGGCGUCCUCCGGCCAGACGGAAUCGCCAAAGAAGGACGUUGCCGCGCCUGCCGCGGCCACGGCGGCGGCCGCAUCGUCCUCGUCGUCUUCGUCGUCGUCCUCGUCGGACCACUGCGAAGCCCCGCCCCAGCAGAAGAAGUGGGUGGUGGAUAGGGUUCAUCGGAAGGACCGCGGAGGAGAGAGCGGGACGCAGCUGGAGAGCCUCUCGAUCAAGAUCAAGGCGGUGAACGCGGGCACGCCGUCGCCGCAGCCGAGCCGCAAGCGCCACCGGAGCCCCAACGCCUCGUCUUCCGCCAAGAAGGGGGCGGGCCGCUCCCCGCUCCCCAGGAGGCGGGGCCCGCGCACUCCGCCGGACACGCCGCCCCGCACUCCAUCUGCCUCCCCGGAACGCCUGCCGGCCGCCCCCCUUUCUGCGGCACGGAGGAGGGGCCUCGCAGCCAAGGCGGAAGAGCACAGCCCCGUGAGCAGCGCGGGGAGUCCCUCGAGCAGCCAGUCGGGGAGUCCGACGAGCGCGCCAGAGGAGGUGGCGACGCCGCGAGGAGCCGGCGACGAGGUGCGCCCGCCCGCGGACAACACCGUGUACAACAAGCUCGGGCUGGGCACGCGGGACAUCUCGAUGAAGCCGUCGGCGGAGAGCCUGCCGGUGCUGCAGCACGGCAUGGCCCUGCCCCCGACCCCCGGAGCAGCCAUCAAGACCGACAAGGAAGGCGCGUGGGACUGGAGUAAAGAGGCUAUCGCCACUCUGUCCAGUCCCGUGCUCACAAGCACCACGGAACCCGGCACCCCCUCCUAUGCUGCAAUGUCGUACGCUCAGACUCAACUGGACCCGUCGACCCUCCACCCGUCGAAAGCAGUCGCAGCGUCCCCCGUCUCGACCAUGCUCGCCGCCGCCUCGCCGCUGGCCCCACCCAUGCCCCCGCCCCUGACCCCGCAGCAGAUCGCGUCCCAGCCCCCUCCCCCGCCCCCCCGCCACUCGGUACCCCUCGUGGCCAACUUCUCGGUCCCCCCUCCGAGCUUCAGCAUGCCGCCACCCUCGCCCGUCUUCAACCCAUCGCAGCUGCUCCUGCCGGACAUCUCGGUGCCGCCUCCGUCGCUCGUCCCCACCCCUCCGCCGCUGGCCCCGCCCCCCCGCAACUUCACAGUGCCCCCGCCCAGCCUCCAGGCCCCGCCCAUGAUGCCAAGCUUGUGUCACCCACCCCCGCAUAGGGGGGCCGGGUCGGUGUCCAAGGCCCCGCCCCCUCCCCCGCUGGCCCCCCCUCCCCCUUACGUCGGGUCGCCCUAUUCGUCGCCCAUCGAGUCGUCGGGUGCCCAGCGGAUGCCCCAUUUUGGCUCCACCCAUCCGCCGGGUCUGGCAGGCCCCCACAAGAUGUCCCGUCCCGUCCAUGCCCAACACUUCCUGACUUGACGGCGGCCAAGCCGGAGUUCGUCUCGCAAGCGGAAACAUCGUGACUCUCAUCACCGUCACCACCGCCACCACCACCAUCACCACCAUGCUGCCGCACCCCCUGGAGGAGAGUCCGGGCAGCAGCAGGAACAGGAGCUCGCCGACCCUUAGCCCAAACUCUGCGAGCAAUGCACGCAGAGACACACCCGAUCAUUAGUUGAGAUGCCCUUUUUUUUUUUGCUUCAGACACAAAAACUAGUUGCAUUGCAAGUGAGAUUGGAGCUGGCUCGAGACAGUACAUCACAACAGGGACAACUAUGGUGUCUGCAUUGCGUCACCAUGCCCCAUCUAUCUAUCCUCCGGCACGCAGCAUGAUGGAGGUGGCUAAGGGGAGCUCCUUGCAUCCGAGAGUCUUCGUACCGAGUGGACGCUUGAAGAGUGGGGACAACUUUCACAGGUACAAGCGUUCACUCGGUCUUCGCCGCGCUGUGGUCUUGCGGGUGACUCUGGGAGGUCUGAGCAUGGUUCUGACAUAAGUUAAAGUCAUUUACGUUGCAUGGUCUGUACGCUCGUGGACCGAAUUUUGCGGUGCGGCGUGGCGCAGAGUGCGUUUCACGUGUUUCAUGUCGACAGAGUGCGCCUCUCGGCGGUGAGAGAAGCCCCGAUUUCCACAGCUGGCUUGCGGUUUCCGAAAGGGCACGGACGUUUCGUUCUUCGGCGGGCCUACGUCAAGUUUUUCGCUCGUGUAAGUUAUUGCUUUUCGACUGGUUUAUCGACGCGGUCGAGCGCUGCCAGUACGCUCCACGCGUCAGUGCUGUCCCCGUUUGCCGACAUUCUAUUAGUCCCCGUCUUGUGUUGUAGGGUUUGCUUGUUUCCUCGCGUAUAAGACCUUCCCAAUUGCGCGACGCGCGAGGCAUGCAGGCUUCGUGUCCGGCGCCAUAGCUCAAUCGUUCCAUUACUGCCACCAUCACUGCUACUCCCCCCCCCCCCCCCCCCCCCCCUCCAAAUUUCGGAACUAGUCAGAACGUACUGUUGUAUGUUUUCCUUCUCUUUAUUACUACUAUUAUUGUCGCAGUGUAAUUGUGUUGUUUUUGAUGCCCCUUUUUUUUCGGUGGGCAGAAGAACGCGCGUAGACGGUGUGCUUUACCCGAACUGUCUCUCGUGUGCCCCUUUCGUUUGUUUCUUUUAUGUGCCUUCUCGAUUGCGUGACUCAGCGUCGCCGCGUCAAACUUUCUCGACGCGCGUUUCAGGAAGUUGAGCUCUGUCGUGGCGGUCAAACAGUUCGACGACCGCUUAUUUCUUUUCCCCUCAAGUUUUGCGUUGUUAGGUGCGGGCACUUUUCAUUUUCUUGUUUGAUGGGUGCCCCAGUUGUGUUUUUAAGAAACAAAAAAAGGAAGUAACGCGUUAUAAAUAGUAUCUGUCAUUCAGCGCAGCGGCGGCCAUUGCGAGCCUGCCUCCCCGUCGCCUUCGUCGGCCGCUCGGCGCAAGCGAAGUUGUCCGCCGCGUUUCCCCGUUCUUGGUUUCCGAAGCAUAAAAUGAUCACUGCCAGUGUGAAUGUGACUAAGCGCAAACCAGCCUGUUCAUGACGCGACUGGGUUAGCAUAGUUUAUACGCCGUCUGACGACCGUUCGGCGCCGGUGCAACGGCACACCUGAGUGCAAAUUACGCUUCGUCGCGGGACCGUCGUUAGUGCCCGACGAUCCUGACGGGGAUUUUUUUUUUUAUUAAAUAGGAAAGAAAGUGAAGUUUGCGUAUUUGCCGCUUCCUUCUUUUUCUAACUUAUUGUACGGUACCUUUUUUUCCUUCGUUCGAUUCGCGUGCACCCGAGUCUUGCGAGCGUCCGCGGGGUACAGUAGGAGCCGACGCAAACACUGCCAGUUUACGAUUCCUCGGGCGCCCACUCGUCUUUCGUUCGGGUCAUGGGCGGUCGUCGUUUGCAACGCUCGUAGCCAAAGGCACCAUGCUCCGCUCUUUGUUUUUUGACGGGAGGCGGAGCGUAACGGGGGAACGGGAACUCGAGACUCGAAGGCCCGCACCCACAGACUCGCAAACGUCUGUGGGUGCGGGCCCCUAAAACAGUACAAAUUUUUCGCAGCUGCUGAAACCGAUCCGGCGUCGGUUACGCCGGUAGCCUACCCGCAGUCUUGACAACUGUGCAAACCGUCGACGAGACGCGGGUGCAAUUCCUAAAAUUGACGUCGAGGUUUCUUUUUUUUUUUCUUCUUUCCUCGUGGGGCACUUUUCACCUUGAGAAUUCUCGUUCCCCCCUUCUUGUUGUGGUCUGUUUUCGCGCCCAUCCUGUCGGGCGACACGUUGCUGGAGAGCGCUCGAAAAACGAUGCAAAUAUCUGCGCGUACGCGAGCGCUGCGGGGUUCGACGGAAACAUAGCGUAGGAAUUGUGUGGUUAGAUGAAAGGAACUUCGGCGUUUUUUUCUUUUCGGUUGAAUUGGUCUUGGUGACGGAAAGUGGAGUAAAAAAGCGAAGAUAAAAGGUCGAGAAGUUGCUUGUAUUUCAACGUGCGUCUUUCUGUGCAUUGCCGGCGGCGAUUAGAAUGUGCAGGUAGCGUUUUGCUCGCCGAUCCACAAACGAACGGUGGAGUGUGCAGAAGACGUGGCAAGCGUUCCUUCUGUCUAGAGGGACACGUUCCGGGUAUGCCUGGUCGGUACUUCCCCCUCGAUUUAGUGCUGCAAUCAAUUCCAUGUGUGUUGCCGACGGAAAGCUUUCAUGGAUUCCCCUCAGCAUCGCUGUAGGCAGAUUGACGAUGACGAUGCUUGUUUCGUUGGUGACGCGUAUGCCCUCUGGGGCCGUGUGUGUAAAGUGCAUGUUACCUCAAAGUGUUACAUGUUUGUUGAGAGAGUAAUUGCCAGACUGCGCGUUGUUGUAGCGGUGUAUCUUUCCCUUUUUUUUUUUUCGCACAGGAUAACUUUUUUUUUUUUGUGGAGACAAGCACAUGGGAAAGAGGAAAGCACUAUGGGCAUUUUUUGUCAAGGAUUUUUUUUUAUUCAGUUUUUGUGCGGUUUUGAGUUUUUCUUUUUAUACUUGUGCAACCGAGGAGGGGAAUUAGCUUUUGAGGCGCCUCCACUCUUGGGUGAACAGCAAUUGAGGACUCGUUUUAGCAUUUAUCGGCUCAAAGUCUGACCACAGCCAAAUACAGAAAUGCGCAAAACAUUUCCCGAACUUAGAAAGUACCAUGGCACAUUUCUGGCGUGCAGUUUAUUAGGCUUUUUGAAGGGAACAAGCACUUUCAACAUUAGCUGCAGUCAGUCUUUGGUGCAUGGUAGAUGGUAGACUUACAUGCCUACAUUUUUUGUUGACUAUAGGUUGUUGCAACUUAGGAAAAGCAGGACAAGCUUUUCUCACGAAGCGCCCCCACUCUUUCGACUUUAGCAGAGCAAACAUUGGAGAGGAGGCAAGUCUACUGUCGUCCUCUCUAGCAUUUACUCUGCUAAAGUGCAAAGAGUGAACGGUUUUCUGGGAGGAGCCCGUUUUUUUCUUAAUCUGCAACAGACUACAGGCGUACUGAAUGCUGCCUGGGGUGUUCAGCCAUUUCGACCAUAGAUUGCCGAUCGGGUCGAUCAGAGAUUGGACCUUGCCUCAUCUUUGCACAAGGAGCUUCUUUUUUUUUUUUUAUUAUUAUUAAUAUUAUUAUUGAGGCGAGUGUAAACAGGUUGUUUAUGUAAUGUUGUUUUGGUGACGCUUGUUUCCGGACCUUUUGGAGAGUUUUACAAUUCUUUUCUACCUGCAUUGCACGCGCACAAGUUACGCUCGUUCACAAUUCCGAAUCCCCGAGGAAAAGAAAAAAAAGACGCCUUACGGGUUGGGUUGCAGCGGGCCGGUUCAAAAGCCAAAAGAAUGGAGGAGGAGAAAAAAAAGAAAGGAGACAAGAAAGAAGCUGUUCUAGUUGGGUUUCUUUUCUUUCUUUUUGUUUUACCUUUUAGAAGCACUGCAACUGUUGCAUGUUGACCGGUUUGUUGUUGUUGACGUGGUUUUCAUUUUUUAGAGAUAUUUAUAAACAUGUACAGGAACACACACUUCUACGACGACUGCCGAAGACAUUUGUACCAUACCUCCGGACAUUCUUGUAACAAAAUCCACACUUCCAACUGUAGCAUUGGAAUUAAAAAGCCCCUCUUUUUUUUAAGUAA